CUUGCUGUUCUGGUAGCUCCAGGCCUUAACACUCACAUCCAUUUCGGAGGAUGAAUACAACUGAAGGAAGCCCGGGUGGGUGCGCGGCUGGGGGAGUCAGUCAUGUGACUUGCCUCGGGGGGGGGGUAAGGCUGUGGGCCCCCAGACAACUGUCUCCCCUUGCCCCAUUAUAGUUACACCCCUGCCGCACUGGCGUGCUGCCCCAUACCUGCGCAAGAACAGGCCUGCCUUAAAGGGGCUGCCUGUUCUCACUAGGAUGGCGCAGGGGGAGUGAGAGGUACCAGCAGAUGGCCCCUGGAGAGCCAUUGUUAUGGACAGCGGUCGAUUUGGAGCUGAAGCUAGGAAUAAAAAUGGAAAAGCAAGAUCUGGCUGGACCCAGAUCCAGAGAAAAACCAGACAGCCUGAAGGUCUCCUCCUCUGCCCUCCAAGUGGAGACCAUCCAGGAGUUCUUGACUGGGGCAACUCCACAACAAAUUAAAGAAGAACCAGAUGAAGGCCUGGAGCAGCGCUGGGAAGCCCAAUGGCAGGAGUUCCUAAAGACCGCCAAAUCCCCUCACUCUGAAUGGAGGCCGCUGCGGUUACCUGCUCCCUUCUCGGAGGGGAAUGCGAAAUCCCUUCUGGCUCCCUUCAAGGGAGCAGCUGAUUCUGGACAAUGGCCUAGAGGGGAGUGGUUGGCUCAGAGCUUGCCGGACCUCCUUGGAGAAGCCCAGCAGGCCUCUAGAAGCCUGGACUCCUCUCAGACGGUGAAGGUAGAAGUUCUAGAUGAAGACACGGUCAGCUUGGAAAUGCGACGCCAGUGUUUCAGGCAGUUCUGCUACCAGGAGGCCAAGGGGCCCCGGGAGAUUUGCAGGCAGCUCCAGGAACUCUGCCACCAAUGGCUAACACCAGAGAGACACACCAAGGAGCAGAUUCUGGAGCUGCUGAUCCUGGAGCAGUUCCUGACCAUCCUGCCCUGGGAAAUGCAGAGCUGGGUCAGGGAACGUGGGCCAGAGACCUGCGCCGAGGCAGUGGUUCUGGCUGAGGAUUUCCUCCUGAUGCUACAAGAACCCAAGAGACAGAAGGAAAAAGUUCCAGGACUCUUGGAAGAGGUAUUUCUUAACACUCCCAAAUCAGAGCAAGAUCCAUCACAAAGUGCCAAGGUGCACUUCCCCAUGGAAUCCAGCUUGCUAGGAGAGAAUGACCAAGUUGUGAGGAAUGAAGAGAAACCCUUCCCACUGCCUAGGCAUGAGCCUGAACAAGUGGGUGUCAGUGGAAUAUCCGUGGAAAGAGCCAGAGGGAAAUCUUUCCAGGGCCCUGAGCUGGAAGAGCUUCCUGGGAGUCUGCAGGGGCCUGAAGGGAACCAGGAAAACUAUCUGUGGAAGAUAGCAGAAGAAGCUUUCCUUUGUGAGGAAGGUGGUCCAGGCUUCCAUGAAAGUUCCUUCCCAGAUAGGACUGAAAAGUGUCAGAGAACCAGCGCAGGGGCUGACUUUGGGAAAAGCCUCCGCCAGAGUUUAGACCUCCUCAAGAGCCAGAAAAAGCGACUGAAAAAGUUUAAAUGCUCCUACUGUGGAGCCACGUCCAAUAUCAGAGCAAACAUUGUGGUGCACGAGAGAAUUCACACUGGAGAGAAACCGUACAGCUGUUUAACCUGUGGGAAAAGCUUCAGCCGAAAAUCAACUCUCGUCAGACACAAGAGGACACACACGGGAGAGAAACCGUAUGAGUGCUCUGUCUGUGGGAAAAGCUUCAGCAUUAGGUGUAACCUUUUGCGGCACGAGAGGGUUCACACAGGCGAGAAACCGUAUCAUUGCACGUACUGCGGCCAGAGCUUCAGUCGGAGACUUCUGCUCGUGAUACACGAGAGAACACACACAGGAGAGAAAAGCUUAUAAAAGCUUGCCCGGUGGAAAAACAUUCAUGGUUUUCUCUCUUUUGUUGAUGGCAUGUGAGGAAAAACAACCCACCCAGCAGAGAGACCACAAAACGAUGUAGCCUGUAUGUGUGUAACUCCAUUUGUUCAAAUCCAUCCCGUGUUACCUUUGUCUCUCCCAUUGUCAUCAUUUAGACUGUAAGCUCCUAGGAGCAGAGACCACCUUUUUUCACUUGUGUUCCUUUGUAAAGCACCAUGUAAAUAAGAAUAAAUGCUCCAACUCUG